CAGGGCUGCCCCCUUGGCACGUGGGGGAACAGGGCGCCGCCGCGGGACUCCGGAGCCUGGUGUCCUCGGCGCGCCUUCGAGGGCGCACAGGGCGCAGCAGCGGGCGCGUCUGGGUGCCAUGGGCGAGCCGGGUCCCCCCGGCGCGGAGGCGCCUCCGCCGUGGCGCCGCGGGUCUCUGGCGCUGCUCACCGACCUGUACCAGUUCACCAUGGCGUACGGCUACUGGCGGAGCGGGCGGCACCGCGAGGCGGCCGCCUUCGAGCUCUUCUUCCGCCGAUGCCCCUUCCAGGGCGCCUUCGCGCUCAGCGCAGGCCUUGCCGAGUGCCUCGCCUACCUGCGCGCCUUCCGAUUCUCCCCGGCAGGUGAGCGCGGGGUGGAGGGGGGCGCACAGACUUUGCAAGGGUGCAGGGGGCGCGGGUCUGCUUCCCAGGGAAGCACUCUGCACGUGGCCAGAGGCUCCGCGCUCCAGGCAGCCGCGCAGCUGAACUGAUCGAUGGGGGGAGGCGGGGAAGAAAUAAUAAUAAUAUAAUAAUAAUAAUAAUUUAUUAUUUAUACCCCGCCCAUCUGGCUGGGUUUUCCCAGCCACUCUGGGCAGCUUCCAACAGAAUACCGUCAUACCUCAGGAUGAAUACGCUUCAGCUUCAGUAUUUUCGGGUUGCGGAGCACGGCUAGCCGGAAGUAACGGAGCGCGUUACUUCCGGGUUUCGCUGCUCACGCAUGCGCAGACGCUCAAAAUGGCAUCACACGCAUGUGCAGAAGCGGCAAAACGCAUCAUGCGCAGUCGCGUCUUACGUUCGCAUCCAGAGGUACCACUGUAUUAAAAUACAAUAGUCUAUUAAACAUUAAAAGCUUCCCUAAACAGGGCUGCCUUCAGAUGUCUUCUAAAAGUCUGGUAGUUGUUGUUCUCUUUGUCAGCUGGUGGGAGGGAGUUCCACAGGGCGGGUGCCACCACCGAGAAGGCCCUCUGCCUGGUUCCCUGUAACUUGGCUUCUCACAGUGAGGGAACCGCCAGAAGGCUCUCGGAGCUGGACCUCAGUGUUCAGGCAGAACGAUUGAGGUGGAGACGCUCCUUCAGGUAUACAGGAUCGAGGCUGUUUAGGGCUUUCAAGGUCAGCACCAACACUUUGAAUUGUGCUCGGAAACGUACUGGGAGCCAAUGUAGGUCUUUCAAGACCGGUGUUAUAUGGUCUCAGCAGCCGCUCCCAGUCACCAGUCUAGCUGCUGCAUUCUGGAUUAGUUGUAGUUUCUGGAUCACCUUCAAAGGUAGCCCCACGUGGAGCGCAUUGUAGCUUUUCCAGGGCUGAGGUCAGUCGCAUCGGGCCGGUUGUGGAAGCUGAUGGGGUGUGAUAGUCGGAAUAAAUGUCUUCACAUAUGCAUGCUCAGGUAUGCCUGUACCUGUGACCUUGCAAGCCGUCAAAAAUAGGCGGCCGUGUCCAACUGAGUUGGAGGAGACCCGUUGGAAUGAAUGGACUUAAGUUAGGCAUAUAGCGAUCAUAAUUGUUAGCAUUAUAGAUUAAAUUCGUAUACUGCCCUUCAUGCGCAGCUCACAGGGCAGUUUGCAACACAAUGCAAAAGAGAAUUCAGAAUGCACAAUAAAGCAAAACAACAACACCUCACCCUUCCCACAAGCACAUUUAAAAGGGCAUAGGACGUGGGUGGCGCUGUGGGUUAAACCACAGAGCCUAGGACUUGCCGAUCAGAAGGUCGGCGGUUCGAAUCCCUGCAACGGGGUGAGCUCCCGUUGCUCGGUCCCUGCUCCUGCCAACCUAGCAGUUCGAAAGCACGAAGUGCAAGUAGAUAAAUAGGUACUGCUCCGGCAGGAAGGUAAAUGGUGUUUCCAUGCGCUGCUCUGGUUCGCCAGAAGCGGCUUAGUCAUGCUGGCCACAUGACCCGGAAGCUGUACGCUGGCUCCCUCGGCCAGUAAAGCGAGAUGAGCGCCGCAACCCCAGAGUCGGCCACGACUGGACUUAACUGUCAGGGGUCCCUUUACCUUUAGGUGAAGGUAUUUAUUUAGUGCCUGGUGCACGAUGGGCAGUCCCUGCCCUGAGGAAGAUACAAUCUAAAAUUUGACUCGAGAAAAAUGACAGAGGAAUUGGGGAGGGGGAAGUGGAAGUGGAGGGAGGACAUAAGAGCCUGCAGGAUCAGGCCAAUGGCCCAUCCAAUCCAGCAUUCUGCUCUCAUAGUGGCCAACCAGAUGCCGUUAUGGGAAACCCGCAAAUAGAUUUUCAGAACAAGAGGAAAAUUCAUUUCCUGUGGUUUCCAGCAACUCAGAAUCAUUGCUGCUUCCCACUGUGGAAGCAGAGCAUGUGACCUCUGUGGCCCUGAUCCCCCGCGUUUUCCUCUCCAGCUCUUUUUCAAGUGUGGCCUGACAUUUUCCCAUUUGUCAGACGACAGACCAUGUGCUAAGUGAAACAUUUACUUCGCCAGAGUGUAAGGCAUUUCCCUGGGCUUUGCAGAUAUUUCCUGAUGUCGCUGGGUUUCCCGAGGCCUUCUGGCACCUUUCCCUGCUAACCUUUGAUCAGCAGGGGAGAAAGAACCUGCUCCCUGUAAGUUUCCAUAACUUGGAACUGGGAAUGGAGGCGGCAGGGGAGAAUAGACGGGAAGAGGCUGUGCUUGACUGAAAUUUGGGCGUGGGAGACAGGAAUGAGUCCAGCUACGCAGCGAAGGCUGUUUGUGUGUGUACACAAUUACGCCUUUACCUCCUGUGACACCUAACCAAUUCUCUGUCUCUGUCACAGCCUUGUGGAACGAGUUAAAAUCCUGAUAAUCCAUUCAUCUAAAAACACCAGAAAAUUAUCUCUCUUUGAAAGUGGUAUCUCAGACUUUGCUUACAGACUUAGUCCAGUAUCAGUUCAACAGAAUAUUCUGUGUAUUACAAUGGUACCUUGGGUUAAGAACUUAAUUUGUUCUGGAGGUCUGUUCUUAACCUGAAACUGUUCUUAACCUGAAGCACCAUUUUAGCUAAUGGCGCCUCCUGCUGCCACCGCACCGCCGGAGCUCAAUUUCUGUUCUCAUCCUGAAGCAAAGUUCUUAAACUUUCUGGGUUAGCGGAGUCUGUAACCUGAAGUGUAUGUAACCCGAGGUACCACUUUAUCUUAAACAGAUUUUCUCCCCCAACCAACCAUACUCAUUUAUUAUAUGCUUUAUAUAUCUUUUCUGUUUGUUUGUGGUCCUUCCUGCCAGCCAGCCAGCCAGGCAUCAAACAAACCUCUUCAUAUUUUUGUUUUUAAUAUUUGAUGUUUUAUUAUGUUUUUAUGUGUGUGGGAAACAAACAACUCAGAGUGGCUGGGGCAACCCAGACCGAUUGGGUGGGUAUAUGUAAUAAAAUAAUGAAAUUGUUGUUGUUCAAUCAUAGAAUCUUAGAGUUGGAAGGGACCCACGGGGUCAUCUAGUCCAACCCCCUGCAAUGCACCCCCUGCACGGAUGAUGUUUCACCAGUGACUCUGUCAUGGCAAGUUCUUGUUCUGAAGGCAGCCCUGUUUAGGGAAGCUUUUAGUGUUUGAUGCAUUAGUGUAUUUUAAUAGUUUGUUGAAAGCCGCCCAGAGUGGCUGGGGAAGCCCAGCCAGAUGGGCAGGGCAUAAAUUAUUAUUAUUAUUAUUAUUAUUAUUAUUAUUAUUACUAUUACUACUACUACUACUACUUGUUCACACCUUGUAGCCUGAUGCCGGAGUCCCCGUUGUCAUCCUGUGGCUCUAGAGCAGGGGUCAGCAAACUUUUCUACCAUCGGGCCGGCUCACUGUUAUUGUUGCUAUUAUUAUUAUUAUUACUACUACAUUUUAUUUAUACCCCGCCCUCCCCAGCUAAGACCGGGCUCAGGGCAGCUAACACCAGUAUGAAACAAUUGAUUGAAAUACAACUUAAAAACAAGAUUAAAAUACAACAUUAAAAUGCAGCCUUAUUUCAAUAGGAACUCAAAUCAAAAACUUUUUUUUGGGGGGGUGAAAAUGUCAAGUCUUCACCAGGGCCAGCUGUCCAGACUGGUCCUAUGUGGGCCAGAAAAAAGCCAGGGAAGUCCCCAAAUAGGAGUUCCAUCACAGAAGGAGAAAGGAAAGAGGGGAAGGGGAUCAAGUUGAUUCCAAGCCAAAGGCCAGGUGGAACAACUCUGUCUUACAGGCCCUGCAGAAAGAAAUCAGAUCCUGCAGGGCCCUGGUCUCAUGAGACAGAACGUUCCACCAGGCCGGGGCCAGUGCUGAAAAGGCCCUGCCUCUGGUUGAGGCUAAUCUGACUUCCUUAGGGCCCGGGACCUCUAGGGUGUUUCUAUUUAUGGACCUUAAGGUCCUCCGCGGGGCAGACACACGGGACAGGUGGUCCCGUAGGUACGAGAGUCCUCUAAGGAAGAGAGGGAGGGACAGGUGGGAUACAUGCCCAUGUGGCUCCUCCACGUUACACGGAGACGUCUUCCUGGUUCGUAAGAACAUCAAAAGGGCCUGCUGAGUCAGGUCAGCGGCCCGUCUAGUCCAGCAUCCUGUUCUCACAGUGGCCUGUAGGAAGCCUGCAAGUGGUACCCAAGCUCACGAGCAUCUCUCCCCUCCUGCGGUUUCCAGCAACAGGUAUUCAGAAGCAUCACUACCUCCAAAUGUGGAGGUAGAGCGUAGCCAUCCUGGCUAAGCAGCCAUCCAUAGCCAUCUCCUCCAUGAAUUUUUCCAGUCCUCUUUUCAAGCCAUGCACCGUAUUUUUCACCCCAUAAGAUGCACCUGACUAUAAGACGCACCUAGUUUUUAGAGGAGGAAAGGGGGAAAGCCCUGUUUUUUGGGGGGAUCAGCUCGCAGUUGUGCAGCUUCUUUUGCAAAGGGGAAAAGCCCCCUUUUUGAGGAUCAGCUCAAAGUUGUUGAGCUUACUGUAGCCUUAUUGGAGUUCACCGAUUGGGUCUGCGUUGCUCUGGGACAGGAGGAAGGAAGUCAAAAUGACACCGAGGUUGGUUCAAAGAAAGAGUUUAUUCUGCUCUCCGGAUAGCAGAAGUCACCUGCGUGGUGAGUCCACAGCAAGUACAAAGAAAUGAGAAAUUUCAUGCAGUAUAUAUAUCCUCCAGGCACCCUCUCACUCCUCCCCUAGGAGCCCAACCACGUCAGCCUACGUACGCAGGUUGACAUCACAUAUGUUCCUGCUCUGGUACUCUCAACCAUAAAAGGAUCUUCCUUCCUGUACUUCUGACCAUAAAAGGAUCUUCCUCUUCCUACUCUUAUCUGGGACAAGGUCACCAUCUCCGGGAACACGCUUUUGCCGUUUUCCCCAGACAUCGGUCUUGCGCGUAUUUUGUGGCCAGCACAUAAGAUAAAGUUCUGGCGUGUUUUCUUUGUUCCCCUAGAGAGCCAAGGCCAUCCCUUGCCGUGAGUGAUAAAGGAGAGAGCUUGUUUAUGUUUUUGCUCAACAGCUCAAGUUUUACGCAUUUAAAAGUGCUCUCUUUUGAAAGAACAAAAAGGAGGGGGGUUGAGUCAGUUUUAAACUUACUACACAGAAACCCAUUCCUUCAUUACUUUGCAAAAGGAAAAAGUUCUGCAGCUUCUUUAGGAAAGGAAAGGGAGCCGUUUCUACAGCUUCCAGACAGAUAAUCUAAUCAGCCAGUCACACGUUGCUGGGGAAGCAAACAGUCUGCAGAACUUUCAACAAUGGAGGCCUGGGCAAGGGGGCAGGGCCAGAAAUGGAGCCACAUACAUUUCCCCUUACUUUUUAGGAGGAAAAAAGUGUGUCUUAUGGAGCGACAAAUACGGUAGGUUGCUGGCCCUCCCUGCCUCCUGUGGCAGGGAGUUCCGCAGUUUAACUCUGUGCUGCAAGCAGUGCUUUCUUCUGCCUGCCCUGAUUCCCCCGAAUCUUCAUCACUGCUCGCAGCUUCACACUGUGAUUCAGCUGGGAUUUGUCCUUCUGCCGUUUGCAUCACAUCCCCUUUGUGGUUUGGGCUGUUGUUGACUGGACGUUGUUAACAAAGCCCAGGGCCAAGGAUGAGUAGAAAUAAUGAGGCUGAGUUUUGCAAACAGAACAGGUAAAAAAAACAAUGAAGGCCUGGUAAACGGAGACCUUCUGAAAGUAUUUAGGGUGUGUGUGUUACUGUGGUUUUUUUGUGCGUCUGAGAGCACUCGUCCCCAUGGUUUUAGGUAUUAUAAUUUUUUAUUAAAUUUCUAAAAUUUCACAAUUUGACUUCAAAUCAAAUAAUUACAUUGCUGAGAUCAUUUAAUGUGUCAAUACGAACGGGAGUUGUUAAUAUUGCAGCUGCUGUAUAAGGGAUUGUUAUAAUUGAAAUUACGUAAUAAGAUUUUGGAAUGCAGGAAUAAAGUAAAUCAUCAAACCAUCAAUACUAGCACGUGGGGGCCCAGCUAAAUUUUAUAAUUUGGCCUCUGAAUGAUUGGCAUUAGUAAUUGUAUUAUAAUCUGACAUUGUUAUAAUGAGGCUAUUAUUGGAUCAUUGUAAUUGAAAACUAAUAACAAUAACAACUUUGCUUUGUAAACUGACUUCUGACCCACACCUCCAGGUUCAUAUAUCAGACUCUUAUCUAUUACAGAAAUCUCUCUAAUACAAUUCAUCAUUUUUCUCCCUCUGCUCCCAUCUCUAAUGCUGCCCGCGAUUUCAUUUCACUAUAAUGCUUUUCCAAACAGGUCAAGAAGGACUUCCAGAACACUUGCCCCAUGUAUAUGUGCUUGUUCACUUUGCUGCUCUUUGCUGUAACAGAAUCUCGGAAGAGAAUUAGCAAGAGGUCCAUAAUGCAAAAAUACGAUGUACAAAUCAGCUAAAAGUGUUCCUCCACAACAGUCAAUUCAAAAAGAGAAACAUUGGAGCCUUUCCUUCCCAACCAAAAGGCAAACACCAAAACCAUCACCUCUAAAAACUCAACCAUAUCAACACCCACAUGCCUAAGAGAUAGGAACACCUUCGCCCAUUGAAAAGCUAGCAAUUUAUAUACCGUAUUUUUCGCUCCAUUGGACGCACCCGACCAUAGGACGCAUCUAGUUUUUAGAGGAGGAAAACAAGGAAAAAAUAUUCUGAAUCAAAUGUUGUAUAAACUACUGUAUUUAAUAAACAACCGGUAUAUCAGAAUCACAUUACAGCCAUGUAAAGUGAACAGCAGUCAACAAUGGCAUUAAGAACCAUCAUCACUGUCAUUAACAAAUGAAGAGAGAUUUUAAGGUUUGAGUACUCUUCUAGUCUUCUGGGAACCCCAAGAACUCAUCACUGCUAAAGUCAGAAUUUAUGAAGCUCAGUUGCUCACAGUCACUGACAUCACUUUCUUCGCUAUCUUCAUGUAAAAUACCAUCUUCAUAUCCAUCCAAAGCAUUGCUAAUGCCACAUUUUCCCCUCUCAAUCCUCUUCCUCCCCUCUCUCAGCGAACAGCCUGCCAGCUGCUCACAAACAUUCCCUUUACUUGAAUUACAGUCAAGAAACAGCCAAGCAGAGCUUCUCAGCGGCAGGCUUGGGAGGCUUUCCUUUUCCCCACUUUUUUCUCCACCCCCCCCCCCCCAGCAGAACAGUCCCCUUUUCCAGCCUCCUCCUCUCCAUCCCUUUCACCCAAACUCCUCAGGUGAUGUCUACAAUUUCUCCCCUUCACUGCUCCCUCUCCUUUGCCCUCUACCAUGACUCUCCACUCACGGCAACCUAUGGUACCUCAUCUCCCUUCACCCAGCUUCUUGGUCCCCCUCCUCUCCGUCUUCUUCCUCCCCUCUCUCAGUGAACAGCCUGCCCACUGCUCCAGACCUUGAGGGGAAGGGCAGGCUGUUGGCAGAGCAGCACCCCCCCCCCCAUUCAGCAGCCCAGGAGUGCGGGGCAUGGGCGCACAGCCCUCCCGUUCCUCCAAAGCUUCCUGGGGCUGCAAGGGGAAGCUGAGGCUGCCGGCAGAUGAGCGCGGCUCCACCACCACUACCAAAGACCAGUCCAAGAGUGUGCCUCACUCCGGCAAUUUGGCUCCAGGGACCACACAUUCGCUCCAUAGGACGCACAGACAUUUCCCCUUACUUUUUAAGAGUAAAAAAGUGCGUCCAAUGGUGCGAAAAAUACGGUACAUUCGUACCUUGGAAAUUGAGCGGAAUCCAUUCUGGAAGUCCAUUCGACUUCCAAAACGUUCGGAAACCAAAGCGCGGCUUCUGAUUGGCUGUCGGAAGCUCCAAUCGGAAGCCCUGACGGACGUUCGCCUUCCAAAAAUAGUUCGCAAACCGAAGCAGUCACUUCCGGGUUUGCGGCAUUGGGGAGCCAAAACCCUUGAGAACUAGGCUGUUUGAAAACCAAGGUACGACUGUGCGGGUUUCUGGAGGUGUGACAGGAUUGGGCAAGGAGGUCCUAACCUGCAUCCUAACUCUGUUCAGCUCAGUCAAAUGCUACCUGGAGAAAAAAGUAGCGUCAGUGGAUCUCUUAUUUUAAAGGCUCAGGUUUGUCACCCCUCUGAUAGGCUUGGACCAGCUCCUUGCUCCUGAUCAGGGUUUGGAUCUGGCGUGAGUUUUCUCCAGCUUCUGUUGCAUAGAGUUGCUGCCUUAAAGCGACUGAUUUCGUGAUGCUCAAUAUAAAAAUCUGCUUCUGCUAACACCAUUUUAAAGAAAAUAGCAGCUGGGAAAGCCGAAAGGGUGCUUAGUUUUGGUUUUUUAAAAACGCUUCCAGCUUUUCUGGGCAUCGUGCCUUUUCCUUCAAACUGCCCCUUGGAAACUUCCCCUGUCGCUCACUGUUUCUUGGUGUGCAUCCUUCCUUUCCAGACAUCGAGUAUCUCGAAUCUGUCCUUCCUGCUACUACGGAGAAAGCUUUCUUUGAUUACCUGCGCACGGUGGACGCGUCCGAAGUUUCCGUCUCCUCCGCUCCAGAGGGAUCCGUUGUCUUCUCCCGGGUAGGUGUUUCCAAAGAGUAGUUUCUGCCUGCGAGAUGCUGAUCGGACAGAGGCGUUUGGGGCCGUACAUUGAGAACCUCUCGCAUCGCGCACACAAACACACAAAGGCAUCUUCAGACCUGAUAGGAAAUGCAUGUUUGCACAUCUGGUGGGUGGGACCAAUCGUCUUUGCUGAAUUUGUCUAUUUUAGUCAGCUUGUGGUGGUUAUUGUAAUCCAUGUGCUAAUUGUUCUUGUUUGCAUUCGUAUUUCAGAACAUCUUUUCUAAUUGAUUUGUGUUGCUUUAAAUAGUGGUGGUUUUUAAAAUAUAUUUUUAUAACGUUGCAAAUUGCCUAGCUAUAUUAUUAUUAUUUAUUACAUUUAUUUGCCACCUUUUCCUUCAAGGAUUUCAAGAUUCUCCCCCACCUCCCAUUUACUCCUCACAACAAGCCUGUGAGGUAGGCUAGUCUGAGAGGCAGUGAUUGACUCCAAGGUGAGCUUCAUAGCUAGAUUUGUCUCCCAGGUCCUAGUCUGACACUCUAAGCAUUCUGGCUUUCUUUGAGCUUACGAGGGAUUAUAUAUCAAUUAAUAUUUUUUGUUCUCAAAGCAUGAGUCUGACCAAACUGCAGGAGGCAGUGGAAGACAGGAGUGCCUGGCCUGCUCUGGUCCAUGGGGUCACGAAGAGUCGGACACGACUAAACAACUCAACAACAACAAAUAUUUUUUGCUGCAAAGUCGGGGGGGAGGGAGGGAAAGCACCAUGUUUUUCGCCCCAUAAGACGCACAUGACCGUAAGGCGCACCUAAUUUUUAGAGGGGAAAUGCAAGGAAAAAAAAUAUUCUUUAAAGGGAGCUCUGAGCAGAGCUUGUAUGCACCCCAGGCUCUGCUCAGCGUUCCCUUAAAAAAAUUUUUUUCUUGCAUUCCCCCUCUAAAAUCCAGUCAGUCCCUUCUCUCUCCUCGGGGAAAAGCCCCCAAGAGCCGCGUGGAGCGUGUGUGUGGCUCUUGGGGGCUUUCCCCGCCUGCCUCCUGCCUGCAUUCGCUCCAUAAGAUGCACACACAAUUUCCCCUUACUUUUUAGGAGGGAAAAAGUGUGUCUUAUGGAGCGAAAAAUACGGUAUGCAUUUCUGCCCUUUGUAACCUAAGUACUUUUAACAAAAGGUGCUUCCUUUUAAAACUUCACCUGAAGGAGCCUUCAGAUGCAGAAGAGGCAGGCCUGUAGGGGGUGAUGCAUGGAGUGCUCUAAAACCGUAGCAAAAAAUGACAGGUCCUGAUUGGUUGCAAAGGAGUCCGUGGUACAGGUGUGUUUCUGAAUUCCUUCCUGCAGGUGCCGGUGCUGCAGGUGAAGGGUCCCUUGCUGGUGAUACAGCUUCUAGAGACCACCUUGCUGUGUUUGGUGAACUACGCCAGGUGAGGAUGUGAGCGAGGGGCCGGAGGACCGCUUUUCUUUUGGCCUCUGUGUUUUGGUUAACAUUGACGGCAGGAUCAUGUUAGAAUUCCCGCUCCAUGAUUGCAGUCACGGGAUUGUUGACUUUCACAUGACAGUACAGUGGUACCUCGGGUCACAUUCGCUUCAGGUUACAUUCGCUUCAGGUUACAGACUCCGCUAACCCAGAAAUAGUACCUCGGGUUAAGAACUCUGCUUCAGGAUGAGAACAGAAAUCGUGCUCCGGCGGCGCGGCAGCAGCAGGAGGCCCCAUUAGCUAAAGUGGUGCUUCAGGUUAAGAACAGUUUCAGGUUAAGAACGGACCUCCAGAACGAAUUAAGUACUUAACCCGAGGUACCACUAUAUGUUUUGACUCCACAGCAUGGGAAGUGACGGAGACAGGAUGUUUGUGUUACUGUGUUCCGUGAAGUGGGACUAUUGUCCUUUGUUCUUUGUCUUUGCUGUCUGAUGAGAAAGAGGAAGGAGCUAAAGCAGAAUGCUCCGAGUGUGUUAUAUGUAAAUAAAGUAGAUUAGCCAAAAUGCUGAGCUGCUGAGGUCUGUUACGCACAAUGCGCAAACUCUGCGGAUCCCAAAGUGUUCUGAUGUCGGUUGGCAUCAGUCGCUGUGAUGUUCGGGCAGAAGAAAGCUUUUGAAGCUCCCGAACGAAAGACCAGGAGGAAGGGAACAUGCCAGUCGGGCGUGUGUCUCUGCUAAGACCCUACUCGAGUGUAGGCCGAACUCCUGACAGAUCUGUCGUGCUGAGACUAUAAUUGGUGCACAUUGCCCCUGUGGACUUUGGACUUGGGGAUAUGGGGUGGCCGGGAAAUUAUCCUAGAGGCUGCUUGGCAGGUUGCCAGAUUCCUACACGGAAGUCGCUUCCCACAAGCGGAAGACAAAGGAGCCCUUUGGAGCAGAAGGGGAAACGCUCGAUGCUUCUGCACAUUUAAAAAAUUGCUGUGUUUGCAGCACCGUUGUGAAUUCUGUGUGUGGGUUUGCAACCGGUGAAGCAGGCUUCCAUUAGGCCUGGGGGGCAGUGCAUUUUCCAAAGGACUGGAGAUGUCAUAAAGGUAAAGGGACCCCUGACCGUUAGGUCUAGUCAUGGCCGACUCUGGGGUUGUGGUGCUCAUCUCACUUUACUGGCCGAGGGAGCCGGUGUACAGCUUCCGGGUCAUGUGGCCAGCAUGACUAAGCCGCUUCUGGCGAACCAGAGCAGCGCACGGAAACGCCGUUUACCUUCCCGCCGGAGUGGUAUCUAUUUAUCUACUUGCACUUUGACGUGCUUUCGAACUGCUAGGUUGGCAGGAGCAGGGACUGAGCAACGGGAGCUCACCCCGUCGCGGGGAUUCGAACCGCCAACCUUCUGAUCGGCAAGUCCUAGGCUCUGUGGUUUAACCCACAGCACCACCCGCGUCCCCGGAGAUGUCAUAAUUGGACGCAAAUGUCUAUCUAGAGAUGCAUGGAGGAUUUUGUGGGACUGUGUGGAGAACAGGGAGGGCGCAUUCAAACAUUAGUCCAUCCGAACUUUAGGAAAACAGUUUUUCUGGAUCGAACACACAGCCCAGCCGUGCUUUCCCUCUUGGAGGUUUUCCCCCUUUCACCUGGUGUCCCUCAGCCAUGCAGAUGUUAUUGGACUCCAGGACCCAUCACUUCCAGCCAGUGGGGCCAGAGGGUCAGGGAUGAUGGGGGUCGUGUUCUGGCAGGCAUCCAGGAGAGCACCAAGUUGGGGAGUCCUGCUCUCUAGCCCAGCCUUUCUCAACCUGUGGGACCCCAGAUGAUGUUGCACUACAACUCCCAUCACCCCUAGCUAGCAAGGCCAGAGCUCAGGGAUGAUGGGAGUUGUAGUCCAACAACAUCUGGGGGCUCGCAGGUUGAGAACCGCUGCAGACGCUCUUUCUAAUGUGCACUUCCAUCCAAGAGCAAAGAAGGAAUUGUUCCAGUAAAAAUCCCAGCAGUGCAUUAAGGAAACCCUCUGCUGUGUUGGAAGGCAAUAAAAGGAUCGGUUAAUAUUCAACCUGAAUUUUCCUCCUUGCAGCCUCGUCGCUACGAAUGCUGCCCGAUUCCGGCUCAUAGCAGGCCCGGACAAGAAACUCAUGGAGAUGGGGCUGCGUCGUGCGCAGGGACCGGACGGGGGCCUCUCUGCAUCCAAGUAUUCGUACGUUGGGGGUAGGUUCUGACUCGUGACUCGCCCUUCGCUGGCCACUAGGCGGCACCACCUGCCUUGCCCUUGCUGCUGUCACCAGAGACUUCCUUUUGGGGUUUGGUCUCUGCCCAUACCGACACCACGAGGAUCCAAAGAGCUCGUAAGCUAGGUUUGGGAAACACCUGGGGACUUCUGGGUGUUGCUGGACUCCAGCUCCCAUCAGCUGCAACUUAGGUGGCCAGUGGUCAAGGAUGAUGGGAUUUGUAGUCCGGAAAUGUCAGAAAGGCCGCAGGGUCUCCAUCUCUACUGUAAUGGAAGGAGUGAAGCUUGGAGAUUUGAGGUGGAGACCUCUAGCAGAACAGGACAGCCUGGUUGGGUUUGGUUAUGGGGUCUGAUGGAUUCGGGGCAGGGUUCAUUGCAGAAGCCCUUGAGCUGAGCAGAAAACAGCCUGGUCCCCUUAGUUUUAGCUGCUCUUCCUGAGAUUUUAAUCCUCCCCCCUUUAAACCCUGAAAAUAACAGCACUCAUUCACAGUUACUGUCACAAUUAGGGUUUUUUUGUUUUCCCUUUGUUUUGUGCAUCUUGCUGACUUUUUGCAGAUAUAUUCUCAAAAUUUUAUAUGUCUGUAUUAAAUAAGCAACCCUGAAAAAGGAGGCCCAAACCCCAAAGCCUUCAAGCCAUACCUCAAGACUCGGCAGCUGCACCUCUUAUGAAGAAGACUUUUCCUUCCCAAAUGCAUCCUUCCUAUUUUCUCCUAUCAUGGGUGAAAACAGUACACUGCGAUCUCAGUCAACUUUUGUGAUUUCAGCUAAGAGAGAGAUAGUAGUAGUAGUACUACUAGUAGUAGUAAUAAUAAUAAUAAUAAUAAUAAUAAUAAUAAUAAUUUAUUAUUUAUACCCCGUCCAUCUGGCAGAGUUUCCCCAGCCUCUCUGGGCGGCUUCCAACAAAGUAUUAAAAUACAGUGGUCUGUUAAACAUUAAAAGCUUCCCCAAACAGGGCUGCCUUCAGAGGUCUUCUAAAAGUUUGGUAGUUUUUUAUUUCCUUGACAUCUGCUGGGAGGGCGUUCCACAGGGAGGGCGCCACUACCGAGAAGGCCCUCUGCCUGGUUCCCUGUAACCUCACUUCUCGUAGGUAUUGGCGGCCGCUCACCAGUCACCAGUCUAGCUGCCGCAUUCUGGAUUAGUUGUAGUUUCCGGGUCACCUUCAAAGGCAGCCCCACGUCGAGCGCAUUGCAGUAGUCCAAGCGGGAGAUAACCAGAGCAUGCACCACUCUGGUGAGACAGUCUGCGGACAGGGAGGGUCUCAUCCUGCGUACCAGAUGGAGCUGGUAGACAGCCACCCUGGACACAGAAUUGACCUGCGCCUCCAUGGACAGCUGUGAGUCCAGAAUGACUCCCAGGCUGCGCACCUGGUCCUUCAGGAGCACAGUGACCGCAUUCAGGACCAGGGAGUCCCCCACACGCAUGAUAGCCAUGCUUACCCAUGGAGGCUCACUUCCGAUUUGGUUCCUGCUGAAGGCCUGGUGGAAAUGGGUCCUGGGAACCAUGCAACCUCCCCCCAAACCUGACACGAGUCCCUUCUCUUCCAGGGUUCGAUUUUACCAGCAACGUCCUGGCCGGGAAGCUCUAUGGGAUUCCAGUGCGGGGAACUGUAGCGCAUUCUUACAUCUUGUCCUUCACCUCGCUGGCUGAGGUGAACCCGCGGGUUAGUAUUUGGGGGGGGGACGGGACAGGUUGCAGAGGCAUGUAGAAUGUUUUAAUUUUAGCCUUUCCUUUUUUUUGCAAUUUUAUUUAUUUAUUAACAUUCUUAUGUUACAUCGGUAAGAAUAUCACAUUACAAUACAACGCUUAUUAUCAUAUAAUUUUCAACAUGUAUACAAAUUUUAUAUACAAAGUUUAUAUACCUAAAGAUAAAAAAAAAGGAAGAGGGGAAAAAACAAGGACAAAAAACUAUUCCAAAGUCCUAUCUGUACCAACACUUUGGACUUCCUGUCUAUCCCGUUGUAUAUCCCUUUUUUACAAUUGAAUGUACUCUUAUUAUUGUAUAUUUCUUUACAUUUUGUCCUAAUACAUUCCUAUAUCAAUAUGUACCCCUGGUCUUAUUUCUCAACUCAUCUUUUUAGCCUUUCCUUAUUGUUGAGUUUAUCUUCUCGAAAGAGUUGCUUCUCCUGCUUUUGCUUCUCAAUCUACCGUUUGCUCCUCUUCGUAAACCUGGGGCUUUUGCUUUUUUAAAAACAAUCGAGCGGUGCGUAAGUUUUACGGAAUAAAUGCACCAAUGAGAUCGCUGGGUGGUCAGUCCAGAAUCCCAAGAUGGCGACCAGGCCUGGAUUCUGAUAGCUCCUCUGUUCCUCUAUGCAGACCCUGAUCCCACGACACGGAAAGGAGCCUGUGGAUUUUCUGUCCUUAGUGGAGACAUGGCUGAGUCGGGUUUGCCAACUGCUCCAAACGCCGCUGGAGACGGUGAACCGUGGGGAGCUGGCUGCCUUCAUCUCCUACGCCAUCACCUUCCCACAAAACUUCCAGGGUCUUUUGGACACCUUCUGCGUGAUGAAGUAAGCGCUGCGCUCCAAACUUAAAUUCGUUAUUCUUUACUGCAUUCACACCCCACCUUGAUUCUACAAGGUCUCUUGCCUCCCUCCUCGUUUUAUCGCCACAACAACCCUGUGAGGUAGGUCAGGCUCAGAGGCAGGGACUGAGCCCCAAAGCCACACACAGUGAGCUUUGUGGCCGGGUGGGGAUUCGAACCCUGGUCUCUUCUCAGAUCUGGCACUCUAACCACUGUACCGCACUGUUCUGAGGCCAAGUGCUUACGAUCUGAGGUUACAUUGGUCUUUGCUUUGUUGUUGUUGUUUAGUCGUUUAGUCAUGUCCAACUCUCCGUGACCCCAUGGACCAGAGCACGCCAGGUACUUCUGUCUUCCACUGCCUCCCACAGUUUGGUCAAACUCAUGCUGGUAGCUUCGAGAACACUGUCCAACCGUCACGUCCUCUGUCAUCCCCUUUGGAAUGGAGAGGUUUGAUCUUCUUGCAGUCCAUGGGACUCUCAAGAGUCUCCUCCAGCACCAUAAUUCAAAAGCAUCAAUUCUUUGGCGAUCAGCCUUCUUUAUGGUCCAGCUCCCUAUGAACUUAUAUUUAUACAAUACAGGGAUCAGUCUAAUUCUGCCAAGAUGUUUCCUUUUUAUUCCAUAGUUUUCUAAAUAUUCUUUAAAAAUUCCCCAAUCCUUAUACAGUGGUACCUCGGGUUACAUACACUUCAGGUUACACACUCGGCUAACCCAGAAAUAAUGCUUCAGGUUAAGAACUUUGCUUCAGGAUAAGAACAGAAAUCGUGCUUUUGCGGCGCAGCAGCAGGAGGCCCCAUUAGCUAAAGUGGUGCUUCAGGUUAAGAACAGUUUCAGGUUAAGAAUGGACCUCCGGAACGAAUUAAGUACUUAACCCGAGGUACCACUGUAGACUUUUUGUUUUGGUUGGCCUCUUAUGCUUCCUGUCGCUUUUGCUAGCUGCAGAUAUUCUACCAUUAGGAUCUGCCAAUCUUCCAUCUGCCUUACGGUUUCUUGCAACCCCUUCCCUGCCCACAGGAGCGGCAUCCCGAACUUCUGUGCCGUCGCCCUGGCGCUGAACGAGUUGGGCUACCGAGUCAUUGGCGUCCGCCUGGACAGCGGGGACCUGGCCAAGCAGUCGGUGGAGAUACGGCGAGUGUUUCGCACCUGCAGCAAGCAGUGAGUGUGCAGCUGUUUCCCCUCGCGUCCCCCCCAGAUUUGACCUUUCCAGGCAGAGAUGUUACUGCAGAGCUGAUGGCUGCGGAUCAAGGCCUGAUUCCUUUUCCUUUUUUUAAUUUGCAUUUUAUUUAUUUGUUAACGUUCUUAUAUUACAUCGGUAAACGUUGUCAUAUUACAUUAAGGGACUUACUAUAAUUUCCAACAUGUAUACAAAAAUUAUAUACAAAUUUUAUAUACCUAGAAAGAAAAUGAAACCAAAAAAGAACAAAGAGAAAAAACAAAAACAAUUCCCCCCCAAAAUCAUAUACAUACCAACAUACUAGACUUUCCCGUUGUAUAUUCCUUUUUUACAAAUGAAUGUACUCUUAUUAUUGUAUAUUUCUUUACACAUUAUCAAAUACAUUCCUAUAUCAAUAUGUGCUCUUAGUCUUAUUUCUCAACUCAGUCUCACUCAAACGUCAAUCAAAUGCUAGCAUAGAUAGCGAACCUUUAUAUAUUUUUGAGCAUAUGUUUUAUAUCUAUCCCACUUUUCCAUAAAUCUUUGUUUUGAAUUGCCUCUCAGGGUAUUUGUUAACUGCGCCAUUUCAGCAAAUUCUUGUACAGUGGUGCCUCGCAAGACGAAAUUAAUCCGUUCCGCGAGAGUCUUCGUCUAGCGGUUUUUUCGUCUUGCGAAGCAAGCCCAUUGACGGAUUAGCGCUAUUAGCGGUUUAGCGGCUAUUAAAGGCUUAAAGGCUUAGGGAUUAGCUGCUAAAAGGCUAUUAAAGGCUAUUAAAGGCUUAGCAGAUUAGAUAAAGGGGGAAAAGCGAAAAAAAUCUCAAGACUCGUAAGAUAUUUUCGUCUUGCGAAGCAAGCCCAUAGGGGAAUUCGUCCUGCGAAGCAACUUCAAAACGGAAAACCCUUUCGUCUAGCGGUUUUUCCGUCUUGCGAGGCAUUCGUCUUGCGGGGCACCACUGUAGCUUGUAAUGCCAGUUUGUUAUUGUCGGGGCCUCUUGUUCCUUCCACCCCUUUGCCACCAAAGUUCGAGCUGUGGCCAUUGCAUAUAAGAAUACCUCCCUAAAGGGAUCAAGGCCUGAUUCCAGCCAAACUCAGGUCCAUCUCUAGAUUUCUUUUGCUUCUCCUGUGUCUCGCCAGAGUGGUGCAUGCUCUGGUUAUCUCCCGCUUGGACUACUGCAAUGUGCUCUACGUGGGGCUACCUUUGAAAGUGACCCGGAAACUAAAACUAAUCCAGAAUGUGGCAGCUAAACUGGUGACUGGGAGUGGCCGCCGAGACCACAUAACACCGGUCCUGAAAGACCUUCAUUGGCUCCCAGGACGUUUCUGAGCACAAUUCAAAGUGUUGGUGCUGACCUUGAAAGCCCUAAAUGGCCUCGGUCCAGUAUACCUGAAGGAGCAUCUCCACCCCCAUCGUUCUGCCCGGACACUAAGGUCCAGCGCUGAGGGCCUUCUGGCAGUUCCCUCGCUGCGAGAAGCCAAGUUACAGGGAACCAGGCAGAGGGCCAUCUCAGUAGUGGCACCCGCCCUGUGGAACGCCGUUCCAGCAGAUGUCAAAGAGAAAGAUAACUACCAAACUUUUAGAAGACCUCUGAAGGCAGCCCUGUUUAGGGAAGCUUUUAAUGUUUAAUAGGUUAUUGUAUUUUAGUGUUUUGUUGGAAGCCGCCCAGAGUGGCUGGGGAAACCCAGUCAGACGGGCGGGGUGUAAAUAAUAAAUUAUUAUUAUUAUUAUUAUUACUAUUAUUAUUAUUCCUCAGCGGCCUGUUUCACUGCCAAUGCUUAGGCGAGGCGUAGAGAACCUCAGGCCUUCACUUCAAAUGCAGCCCUCCUAGAAUCAUAGAAUCAUAGAGUUGGAAGAGACCACAAGGGCCAUCGAGUCCAACCCCCUGCCAAGCAGGAAACACCAUCAGAGCACUCCUGACAUAUGGUUGUCAAGCCUCUGCUUAAAGACCUCCAAAGAAGGAGACUCCACCACACUCCUUGGCAGCAAAUUCCACUGUCGAACAGCUCUUACUGUCAGGAAGUUCUUCCUAAUGUUUAGGUGGAAUCUUCUUUCUUGUAGUCUGGAUCCAUUGCUCCGUGUCCGUUUCUCUGGAGCAGCAGAAAACAACCUUUCUCCCUCCUCUAUGUGACAUCCUUUUAUAUAUUUGAACAUGGCUAUCAUAUCACCCCUUAACCUCCUCUUCUCCAGGCUAAACAUGCCCAGCUCCCUUAGCCGUUCCUCAUAAGGCAUCGUUUCCAGGCUAUAAUGGUAUGGGGUUGCUCGUGCGUAAGUUGCCGCGUCUCCUGGCUAUGUUGCCUUGUUAAACCUUUCUGUCUGGACAGCCCUUCAAUUCGUGGCUGCCUCAGUCGCUAGCAGAAUCCGUCAGUGGGCGUUUCUUAAACCUUUUCCAACAUAAAAGUUGUUUGACACCCAGUCUCCUCCUACUUUCUCUGCGCGGAAGUCUUCUGCGCAGGGAGGGCGUGGGUAGCAGAGGACCAGUGCUCUCCCCGCUGGUGUCCGGUGAAGAGUGUGGGAGCCCUCUCGCCGAUUCCCCCAUCUGCCCCUCCUUAUUCCUGGUGUUGCACUGAAUUGCUUCCCCAUCUGCUGAGCUGCCUCUCUCCCUGCUGGGCCCUUCUCCAGCAUCAUUAGAGAGCCUCCCCUCCACCUCUAGCUCCGAUGUCAGUUCCCUGACACAGGCCUUUGACCAUUUUGGUUGCCCUCCUCUGGACCCGUUCCAGUUUGUCAGUGUCCUUCUUGAACUGUGGUGCCCAGAACUGGACACAGUACUCCAGGUGAGGUCUGACCAGAGCAGAAUACAGUGGCACUAUUACUUCCCUUGAUCUAGAUGCUAUACUCCUAUUGAUGCACCCCUCCUCUCUCCCUUUCCCUCUGGGCCCUUGGGAGAAGGGCCACAGCUCAGUGGUGAAGCAUCAACUUUCUUGCAUAUGGUCUCAGGUUCAAUUCCUGGCAUCUCCACGUCUUCUUUAGCGAUCACUCGUUGCUGAUUAAGAUUGUCUUCCAUAAACACGGUUUUAACAAUGAGUCCUUAUGUGACUGUGGAGGCCAAUCCUGGAUCCACACGUCCUUCCACAGUGGGGACAUUGGUUUUCAGGCCAGAGUUGACCACGGUGUGGAUUUGCCAAGUGUGCCUUCUUAGCGUGUUUCUCCUUUGCAUCCUGAGUUCGAGUGUCUUCAAAACCCAUGACAACUUUGGUAAAGGCUGUUCUCCAACUGGAGCACUCACAGGCCAGUGUUUUCCAGUGGUCGGUGUUAUAUUACAUUUUUUUAGAUUUAUAAUCAUCAUAAUAAUAUAAUUUAUUAUUUAUAUCCCGCCCAUCUGUCUGGGUUUCCCCAGCCACUCUAGGCGGCUUCCAACAAAUUAUUAAAAUACAGUGGUCUGUUAAACAUUAAAAGCUUCCCUGAACAGGGCUGCCUUCAGAGGUCUUCUAAAAGUCUGGUAGUUGUUUUUCUCUUUGACAUCUGGUGGGAGGGUAUUCCACAGGGUGGGUGCCACCACCGAGAAGGCCCUCUGCCUGGUUCCCUGUAACUUGGCUUCUCGCAGUGAGGGAACCGCCAGAAGGUCCUCGGCUCUGGACCUUUGCCUUGACACAGUCUUUAAACCUCUUUUGUUGACUACCAGCAAUACGCUUUCCAUUUUUAAGUUCGCAAUAGGGUAGUUGCUUUGGAAGACGAUCAUCAGGCACAACAUGACCAGUCCAACGAAGUUGAUGAUGAAGAAUCAUCGCUUCAACAGUUAGCAGGGCUGGGAAGACCCCGCUCUGAAACCCUGGAUUGUGGCUGCCAGUCCGUGUGGACGAUACUGAGCUAGAUCUCAGAAUCUGACGUAGAAGGAAGCUGAAUGUCAGAAGGUUCAGCACAGAUACACGAAACAAUUUCUUUUCACAGCACAUAGUUGAACUGUGGAACUCCCCGCCACAGGAAGCAGUGAUGGCCACCAUCUUGGGAUGGGUUUAGUAGAGGAUUAGGCAAAUUCUUGGAGAAGAGGGCUAUCGAGGGCUGCUAGCCAGGAUGGCUAUUCUCUGUCUCCAUAGCGGGAGGCAGCCAUGCUUCUGAAUCCCAGUUGCUGGAAACCAUAGGCAGGGAGAGCUCAGGUCUUGUGUUCGAAUCCUGCUUGCGGGUUUCCCACAGGUAUCUGCUUGGCCCUGUGAGAACAGGAUGUUGGACUAGACGGGUUCCCUUUGGCCUGAUCCAGCAGCCUCUUGUGAUCAGGGUGGAUUUGAUUUACCGUAUUUUUUGCUUUAUAAGACUCACUUUUUCCCUCCUAAAAAGCAAGGGGAAAUGUGUGUGCGUCUUAUGGAGCGAAUGCAAGCUGCGCAGCUAUCCCAGAAUCCAGAACAGCAAGAGGGAUUGCUGCUUUCGUUGCGCAGCGAUCCCUUUUGCUGUCUGGCUUCUGAGAUUCAGAAUAUUUUUUUUCUUGUUUUCCUUCUCCAAAAACUAGGUGCGUCUUAUGGUCUGGUGCAUCUUAUAGAGCGAAAAAUAUGGUAAAUCAAAUCCAUUUAAAUCACCCAUUUAAAUCACUAGUCAGUAAGACUUAAUUUAAAUCACUAGUCAGUAAGACUUGAUUUUAAUCUUUUUUUUUUUUAACAGAAAGACUCAUUCUUGCUAGUAUAAUCUUAAUAUUUACAACCAGAUGAAGGUUUCGUUUUUGGAAUAAUAAAUUUUCAGAGUAGUUUUUACACUUAUAUCGAAAAUUGCUGAUUUGGUUAUACUAUAAGAAAUACAUAGGCAGAUAAUUAUGAAAUUAUUGUGAGGUUUAAUAAAUUAACUGUUUAUAUUUGGACAACUUUUCUGCUGUACUUUAUUGGAAGGAGAAAAACAAUCAUUUCCUUAAUAACAAUUUAAACAAUUUAUUUAACUAAAACAAUUAACAUUAUAGCAUAUGUAUCCAUGUUUGUUAACUGAUGUGGUUAAACUUUUUUAAAAAAAAACCUCAGUCUGAGUUUUAGCACACAUGAAAAACUUAAAACAAAUCCGUAUUUCCUGAUGAAUAGCCUUUGGACUCUAAUGUAACUUAAAUAGAAAAUCUUAAGAAAUAUUUUUCCUCCUAAAGCAUUUUAUUUUAAAAAUCCAAUUUAAAUAAAAAAUCCGAUUUAAAUUUUAAAAAUUGGGUUGUUGUUUUUUAAAAAAAAUAUUUGAUUUUUAUCCACCCUGCUUGUGAUUUCCUUACACUUCUUUUUCGCUUGUCUUGCCAUUCAGCUUUCAGGUCCCCUGGUUUGCAGCAGUCCCCAUCGCCGUGAGCAACGACGUCAGCGAAGAGAACCUCCGGGAGCUCUCUCAGGAGGUGAGGACAUGCUUGGUCUUGCUCAAGUUCGGUGCGUGGGAAGGGGAGACUCUCUGAGUCUCAGCGAGCAAAUAAUUGCAGCAGGUAAUAGCAAUAAUUACCCGCGGCAGCAUAGCUCAAAUUAUUCGGUGCUCCAAGGAAGCCCUGUAAAAGUUUGGCCCGGCCAGGUAAAGAAAAGAGAUCACAGACAUUCAGUAUUAUUAAUUUAAUAAUCAUUUAUUAUUUAUACCCCACCCAUCUAACUGGGUUUCCCCAGCCACCCUGGGCGGCUUCCAACAAAAAAUUAAAAGUACAAUAAAGCAUUAAAAACUUCCCUUAACUGGGCUGCCUUCAGAUGUCUUCUAAAAGUCAGAUAGUUGUUUAUUUCCUUGACAUUUGAUGGGAGGGCGUUCCACAGGGCGGGUGCCACCACCAAGAAGGCCCUCGGCGCUGGACCUCAGUGUCCAGGCAGAAUGAUGGGGGUGGAGACGCUCCUUUAGGUAUUCUGGGCUGAGGUAUACUGGACACUAUCAGUAACUUAGAUAUUCCAGGUCCCCUAGCCUAUCGGAAUGUUAUUGGGAAUAUUAUAAUACUUGUCUCCUGCCCAUCUGACUGUGUUCCCCCAGCCACUCUGCAUGCCUUCCAGCAAAAUAUAAAAACACAGUCAGAUGUAAGUCUUCUCCCUUUGGCUUCACUGUCUUGGAAAUUGGGGUGGGUAGUUGGGGGAAAGUUACUGAUUUCCAACAACAACAACAAUAAUAAUUCAUUAUUUAUACCCCAUCCAUCUGGCUGGGUUUCCCCAGCCACUCUGGGCGGCUUUCAACAGAACAUUAAAAACAGAAUAAAACUUCAAACAUUAAAAACUUCCCUAAACAGGGCUGGCUUCAGAUGUCUUCUGAAUAUCAGAUAGUUGUUUAUUUCCUUGACUUCUGAUGGGAGAGCAUUCCACAGGGCAGGCGCCACCACCAAGAAGGCCCUCUGCCUGGUUCCCUGUAGCUUUGUUUCUCACAGUGAGGGAACGGCCAGAAGGCCCUAGGAACCGGACCUCCGUGUCCGGGUUGAACAAUGGAGGUGGAGAUGCUCCUCCAGGUCUACUGGGCCGAGGCCGUUUAGGGCUUUCAAGGUCAGCACCAACACUUUGCAUUGUGCUCGGAAAUGUACUGGGAGCCAGUGUAGGUCUAUCAGGACCGGGGUUAUGUGGUCUCAGCGGCCGCUCCCAGUCACAAGUCUAGUUGUCGUAUUCUGGAUUAGUUGUAGUUUCCGGGUCACCGUCAAAGGUAGCCCCACAUAGAGCGCAUUGCAGUAGUAGCUAUCGUGGUCCUUUCUGGGUCAUCCCUCAGCCGGCAAGACGAAGAUUGCCAUUUUUCUGAGUCGUGCAGGGUGAUACAGCGGUUUCACCCUCAAAAGUCUAGCGAUUAAGUAGAUUCCCCAUGCAAGACUUUGAAGAUGGUUCUUCGCUUGCAGGAUAAAUGUAAAGGUAAAGUGAUCCCUGACCAUUAGGUCCAGUCGUGACCGACUCUGGGGUUGCGGCGCUCAUCUCACUUGAGUGGCCGAGGGAGCCGGCGUCCAGCUUCCGGAUCAUGUGGCCAGCAUGACUGAGCCGCUUCUGGCGAACCAGAGCAGCACACGGAAACGCCGUUUACCUUCCCGCCGGAGCGGUACCUAUUUAUCUACUUGCACUUUGACGUGCUUUUGAACUGCUAGGUUGGCAGGACGCUUGCAGGGUGGCAGCUAUUAAAAGCAGCAUCCUGCAUGUAUACUGAGUCCAGUGGAAUGCGUUUCUCUCCCUUGAGCCCAGGAGAGGGUCUUCUUGCUGCCAAAACUCCUUUCUCGCAGUGUGUAAACUGUCGGUCCACAGUUCUAUCUGUCCGCACAAACUCCAGUGGGCACGACGUGUCCACACUCAGCAAAACAACACCAUCAGCUUGAUUGUAAACCACAAGCAAACCUCAGAGCGGUAAAAUGAAUCAUUUACCAAUGAGAAAAACUGAAAAUAAUGUAAGGCUGUAAUGGUUCUAGGGGUUGCUCGUGCGUAAGCCGGUGUAAACACCUGGCUGGAUUGCCUGAGUGAACCUUUUCUGUCCGGACAGCCACUCACCCAUGGCUGUCUCAAUCGCUGGCAGAAUCCGUCAGUGGGCGUUUCUUAAACUUCUUCCAGCAAAGAAGCUCUUUGACGCCUAGUCUCCUCCUACUCUCUCUGCGCAAAAGCCUUCUGCACAAGGAGAGCGUGGGCAACGGAGGACCCCUACUCUCCCCGCUGGUCCCCGGCAAGGAGUCAUGGGACCGCCUCGCCGCUUCCCCCAUCUGCCCCCCUUCUCCACUGGUGCUACGCUGAUUCUCUUCCCCAGAAGAUGGGCUGCUUCUCCCAAUCCCUGGACGCUCUCUGGAAUCCCUCUGGAUCUUGCUCUCUCCCUCCGGCACUGAUGGCAGUUCCCUGACAAAGGCUUUUGAAAAGUUAAAAUAGCGAUAGUCUGAAAAAAGAUUAAAACACAUACCAGCUUUCUAAACAGCAUGUUGCUUUACAGUGUUUCGCGAGCUCCUCUGUGAUUCUUUUUAUAAUAUAAAGUGGUCUAACACAUAAAUAAAUAUGAUUUUCCCCGUAUUGCAGAUGAUUGGGGGAAGGCUGAGGUUGAGAUGGUUUUAUUUAUUUGUUUCUUCAUUCCAUUGGCUUCUGAGCCAUCUUUCAAAACCUAAUUAUUUUUCCAAAGUAGCAAUUAUGACUUGGCCAAGUAGGCUGAGAGCUGAGGGCCUCUGGUCUAUUUAGAGCAAGCUGUUCUAAUUUUUACUCUGCCAGCUCUUUUUCAUGGCAGGAGAAGGCGUUGAAACUGACCUCCUUUGGAGUUUCUGAGAGUUUCGGCAUGUUCCCGAGGCGGCUGGCUGCUGUGUGGGACGCAGAGAAGCGCCUGCGAUGCCCAUUAGCCGAGGGCGGACAACUCAAUUGUUCUCUUUUGCUGUGUCCUCUUGCCAGGGGAAUGAAAUAGACAUGAUUGGCGUGGGCACUCACCUGGUGACGUGCACGCUUCAGCCGUCCCUGGGCUGCGUCUACAAGGUAAGCCAGUUCUUCCACAGAGACGCGCUUGCAGGGCCAGAAUCUCUUGGGCUCUGCGGUUCAGGUCAAAUCUAUCCUCUAAUGAUUAACAGAGGGGGAAAGAGAGUAACCUUUAUGAGCCUGCUAGUGUGAUGUUGUUGUUGUUGUUAUUUAGUCAUGUCCGACUCUUCGUGACCCCCUGGACCAGAGCACGCCAGGCACUCCUGUCUUCCACUGCCUCCCGCAGUUUGGUCAGACUCAUGCUGGUAGCUUCGAGAACACUGUCCAACCAUCUCGUCCUCUGUCGUCCCCUUCUCCUUGUGCCCUCCAUCUUUCCCAACAUCAGGGUCUUUUCCAGGGAGUCUUCUCUUCUCAUGAGGUGGCCAAAGUAUUGGAGCCUCAGCUUCACGAUCUGUCCUUCCAGUGAGCACUCAGGGCUGACUUCCUUCAGAAUGGAGAGGUUUGGUCUUCUUGCAGUCCAUGGGACUCUCAAGAGUCUCCUCCAGCACCAGAAUUCAAAAGCGUCAAUUCUUCGGCGAUCAGCAUUCUUUAUGGUAGCUUUUCAGAAACGGGGAUGCAUUGGGAGACAGAAUUUUGUAAAUGUAUAAGCCAGCUUUUGGCAAGCUGGGGCCUUCCAGGUGUUUUGGACUACAACUCCCAUCAGCCACAGCCAGCAUGACUGGCUGUGGCUGAUGGGAGUUGUAGUCCAAAGGUUGCCAAAGGCCAAUAAAAGCAUUAUCUAUUAUCUACUAGCAGUUGAGGUAUUAAAGGAGGACUUGGGCUGGGUCUCUCUCUGAGAGCCAGUGUGGUGUAGUGGUUAAGAGCAAUAGACUUGUAAUCUGGGGAACCGGGUUCGUGUCUCCGCUCCUCCACAUGCAUCUGCUGGGUGACCUUGGGCCAGUCCCACUUCUCUGAAGUCUCUCAGCCCCACUCAUCCCAUAGAGUGUUUGUUGUGGGGAGGAAGGGAAAGGAGAAUGUUAGCCGCUUUGAGACUCCUUCAGGUAGUGAUAAAGCAGGAUAUCAAAUCCAAACUCCUCCUCCUCUUCUUCUUCUUCUGUCUCUCUCUCUCUCUCUCUCUCACUAUGCAGCACCCAGAUGUUGUAUAGAAGCUCUACCUUUCUAAACCACUAGCAAAAGCUUCCUGCACAUUUUUAAAUCUUGAGGACUAGAAGAUUGCUUCUUCUUCCUUUAACGAAGGCAAAACUUUUCACAUUUCAGCAGCCUGCAUUUCCUUCCUAAUCUCACCCUGUGCACCAUAAGAGCACCUUGGGUGCAAAAAAAGAAUUUUUACUGCCACAUUAAAGGUAAAGGGACCCCUGACCAUUAGGUCCAUUCAUGGCCGACUCUGGGGUUGCGGCGCUCAUCUCGCUUUAUUGGCCGAGGGAGCCAGCGUACAGCUUCCGGGUCAUGUGGCCAGCAUGACUAAGCCGCUUCUGGCGAACCAGAGCAGCGCACGGAAACGCCGUUUACCUUCCCACUGGAGCGGUACCUAUUUAUCUACUUGCACUUUGACAUGUUUUCGAACUGCUAGGUUGGCAGGAGCAGGGACCGAGCAACGGGAGCUCACCCCGUCGCGCGGAUUCAAACCGCCGACCUUCUGAUCGGCAAGCCCUAGGCUCUGUGGUUUAACCCACAGCGCCACCCGCAUCCCUUAAUGCCACAUUAAUGAUAUCCAAAUAUAGACUAUUCCGGGAGCCUUGGGUUCUAUAUAAUACCUCUUCCUCCCCACCCACCAAAUUUACCUGCCUGCCUGUCACCUCUCUCUGCUCCGUAAUUCCCACCAUCAGCAUCGGAUCGCUUUAAAGCUCCAGAAACUGCAAAGAACAACAAGUAGAUUUGAUUCCUUGAAAGAGAUUCCGCCUGAGCACCGUAUGUAAUAGGGCGGCCCACAUACUCCCGUGUUGCAUUUGCCUGCCUGCCUGCCCCUGUCCUGUCUCCCCAUCCUUCCCUCCAUCAGGAAUACCAUUAUCCUAAACAAAAACCAGGUUGCUUCCAUGAACAACUGCCUGUCUCUCCGUCCGUAGCUGGUGGAGGUGAAUGGUUCCCCGAGACUGAAGGUGACGGAAGACAAAGAGAAGACAACCUUACCUGGAAGCAAGCGAGUCUACAGGCUCUGGGAUGCUGCAGGUGAGAUUCUGGGGACUGAUUUUCGAACAUAGGAAAAAGGAGGUGCCUUCUGUUCUAAGAGUCCAUUGCUCUCUGUAUAAUAAUAACAAUAAUAAUUUUAUUUAUACCCCGCCCUUCCCGGUUCAAAAACCAGGCUCAGGGCAGCUAAAAACAAAUUUAAAACACUUAAUUGUAAAAGCAGCAUAAAAUACAGUAUAAAAACCUGAAUAACAAUAAAAUUCAAAAUUCAGAAAUCAAUUAGAUAAUCCCCAGGGCUUGCUCGCUGAAUUGGUCCUACUUGAGCCAACGAGGAGGCCAGGGGAGAAUUAGCUGUGGGGUCUCAGAGCGGGUAAUCUUCAUAAAAGGGGAGGGAGAGGGAAGAGAAGGGAAAUAAAAGAUCAUGCUGAAUUCAAAUUAAAGGCCAGGCGGAAUAGCUCUCUCUUACAGGCCCGACGGAAGGAGGUGGUAACACCAAAGAGGUGUUAGGCCCAGAGGUCUAAGAGAAGUCCUCAGGUCAAGAGGGCAAAUAGUUCUCCAUCAAUGUCCCUUCCUCAAGUAUUUUUGCUUGGCUGGAAAUCAAAGAAUCGUAGAAUUGAGUUGGAAGGGACCCGAGGGUCAUCUAGCCCAACCCCGUGCUGUGUAGGAAUCUCAGCUAAACAUCCAUGACAGAUGGCCAUCCAACCUCUGCUUAAAAAAACCUUAUGAGGAACGGUUGAGGGAUUUGGGUAUGUUUAUCCUGGAGAAGAGGAGACUGAGAGGAGAUGGGAUAGGCCUUCUUCAGCUAUCCAAAAGGAUGCCACAUGGAGGAUGGAACAAGCUUGUUUUCUCCUGCUUGAAAGGUAGGAUUCGAAUCCAUGAGUUCAGGUAACAAGAAAGGAGAUUCCGACUAAACAUUCGGAAGAACUUUCUGGGGCUAAGAGCCGUUCAGCUGUGGACUUGGGGGACCAUCUGCCAGGGAUUCUCCAGCUGUGAUUCCUCUAUUGCUGGGGUUGGACUAGCCAGAGUGGCACAUGCUCUAGUUAUCUCCCACUUGGACUGCUGCAGUACGCUCUACGUGGGGCUACCUUUGUUUUUUAAAAAAAUAAUAUUUAUUAUUUUUCCAAAAACUUAAACACUAAAAAGACAAUACAAUACAACACAUCAAAUUAACAAAACAAAACAAAAACAAUAAAAUAAAUCAAACAAUUUCAUUAUCCCAUCUUUCAUUCACUUAUUUCCAAUGACCUCCUCACACCUCCCUUUUUGUAUUCCACUUCUGUUAAUUAUUUCAGCAAUUCCUUUCCAUCUUCCUCUGUUUUCUAUCCUAUAAUUAUCUUAACUCAUUCUAACCUUAUUUUUUCCUUUAAUGCUCUGUUAACCUAUCUGUACUUAAUUCCUUAUAACAUUUCUACUAAAGCCAUAUAACUUCAUUCCAACAUUUUUCUAACAUUCAUUAAUUUUACAGUAUUUCUGUAGAUAGUCUUUAAAUUUUUUCCAAUCUUCUUCCACCGACUCUUCUCCCUGGUCUCGGAUUCUGCCAGUCAUUUCCGCCAGUUCCAUAUAGUCCAUCAACUUCAUCUGCCAUUCUUCCCGGGUGGGUAAAUCUUGUGUCUUCCAAUAUACAUGGGGCUACCUUUGAAGGUGACCCGGAAACUACACCUAAUCCAGAAUGCGGCAGCUAGACUGGGGACUGGGAGCGGCUGCUGAGACCACACAACACCGGUCUUGACGGACCUACAUUGGCUCCCAGUACGUUUCAAUUCAAAGUGUGGAUGCUGACCUUUAAAGCCCUAAAUGGCCUCAGUCCAGUAUACCUGAAGGAGCAUCUCCACCCCCAUCGUUUUCCCCGGACACUCAGGUCCAGCGCUGAGGGCCUUCUGGCAGCUCCCUCCCUGUGAGAAGCCAAGUUACAGGGAACCAGGCAGAGGGCCUUCUCAGUAGCGGCACCCGCCCUGUGGAACGCCCUCCCACCAGAUGUCAAAGAGAAAAAUAAUUACCAAACGUUUAGAAGACAUCUGAUGGCAGCCCUGUUUAGGGAAGCUUUUAAUGUUUAAUAGGUUAUUGUAUUUUAGUGUUCUGUUGGAAGCUGCCCAGAGUGGCUGGGGAAACCCAGCCAGAUGGGCGGGGUAUAAAUAAAUUAUUAUUGUUAUUAUUAUUAUUAUUGAUAACCCUUGGGGGUUCCUUCCAACUCUACAAUUCUGUGGUUCUAUACCUGGCCUUUCACUGUCAUUACUCUCUUUUGGUCACGAUCAUGCCCUUCUUUUGCUUGCAGGCUUCCCAUGCAUGGAUCUCAUGACUUUGGAAAAGGAACCUCCUCCAAGGGCUGGGCAGGAGGUGGACUUCUGGCUGGUGGGAACGACCCAGGAAGCUGGAAAAGUGACUCCUUCAGCAGUCGAAAUGCUGAACCGCGUCUACCUCAAAGAUGGGCAGGUGGGGAGGAAGACCCCUGUGGUCUUCUCUUUGCAAGACUUCAUGUGGGCCGAUGUUGCUUUGCAUUUAGGGCUUGCCUCUGAAGACGGUUUGGAAACUUCAGCUGGUGCAGAAUUCAGCGGCCAGGUAGCUCAUCGGAGCAAGAUAGUUUAAGCAUAUUACACCAUUGCACUGGCUGCCAGUUAGUUUCCUGGCCCAAUUCAAAGUGCUGGUCUUGACCUGUAAAGCCUUAAACGGCUCAGGACCGCAAUACCUCAAGGACCGCCUCUUUCCAUAAUAACCUACCCGGACCCUGAGAUCAUCUUCUGAGACCCUCCUUUGUGUGCCUCCUCCUCGAGAGGUCCAGAGGAUGGCAACACGAGAACGGGGCCUUCUCUGCAGUGGCUCCCCGUUUGUGGAAUGCUCUCCCCAGAGAAGUUCACCUGGCGCCUUCAUUAUACACCUUUAGGCGCCAGGCAUAAACGUUGAUAUGUUGUCCUUUUAAAUUUGUUUUUUUGUGGGGGGCGGGCUAUUGGGUGGCUGUUUUUAUUUUUAUUAUGUCUUUUGUGGUUUUAUACUUGGAUUUUUCUCUGUGAACCGCACUGAGACCCCCGGGUAUAGGACGGUAUAGAAAUUCAAUAAAUAACAAUAAUAAUUUAUGUCAGCCUGCAGCAUAGAGCCUUGUGCCCUCUGGCCAGGGUGGGGUCAGAGCCCAAAUGAGAGAGAAGUAAAAUAUUUCAGGGCUCGUUGAAGAUCCCAGUUCUCAUUUGGGUGGUCAGUUUGGGUGCAGAGAGUUGGAAGAAGAAAGCAGUUUCUCUGUUUGUCAGCCAUUGUUGUGCCACGUGACUAAGCCGGGCAGAACAGCUGUUAUUCGGGGAUGCUUAAAAUAUUAAAAAAAUUGCUGUGUCUUUUACCCUGAAAGGCACCUUCCUGUCUUCCUAAGCAGGGUUAAGUGUCAUGCAUCCAUUGCAAUGCUAAAUAAACCUCCCGAUUGACUGAUGAUUGCAUUAUUGACUAUCAGGAUAUUGGAUAAGGUAAACGUAAAGGGACCCCUGACCAUUAGGUCCAGUCGUGACCAACUCUGGGGUUGCGGCGCUCAUCUCGCUUUAUUGGCCAAGGGAGCCGGCGUACAGCUUCCGGGUCAUGUGGCCAGCAUGACUGAGCCGCUUCUGGCGAACCAGAGCAGCGCACGGAAACGCUGUUUACCUUCCCGCCGGAGCGGUACCUAUUUAUCUACUUGCACUUUGAUGUGCUUUCGAACUGCUAGGUUGGCAGGAGCAGGGACCGAGCAAUGGGAGCUCACCCCGUUGCGGUGAUUCGAACCACUGACCUUCUGAUCGGCAAGUCCUAGGCUCUGUGGUUUAACCCACAGUGCCACCCGCGUCCCAUCAGGAUAUUGGGUAUUGAACCCCAGUAGAAAGAAAGGAGAUUGUAACUAAAAAUCAGGAAGAACUUUCUGGCAGUACGAGCUGUUGGACUCUCCUUCUCUGGAGGUUUUUAAGCAGAGGUUGGAUGGUCAUCGGUCUGGGAUGCUUUUGCUAAGAUUCCUACAUUUCAGGGGGUUGGACUAGAUGACCCUUGGGGUCCCUUCCAACUCUACAAUUCUGUGAUUCUCUCUCCCCAGCACCAUAUUGUUCUUUGCCUCAGGCAGCCAAGAUGUCUUGGGAUCGUCUCUGGUCGGAAGACAGUUCCCAGCUCCUGAAUUAGAUGGGAUUUUGGUCUGCUCUUAGGAUUUUAUUCCCGAUUCUAGAACAUUUUGAAAUGCUUUCUUUCUGCCUUUCCCACGCCGAAGGUCUGCCAGCCACUCCCCAGCCUUGUGGAGAUCAGGGGCCAUGCGCAGGCCUCGCUGAACAAACUCAACCCUGCGCACAAGAGACUGAAGGACGCGGAGACCUACAAGGUACAAACGGGCCUAACAAUGCCGAUUCAGAAUUUCUUAAUGUGGAUGAUGAUGAUGAUGAUGAUAAUAAUAAUAAUAAUUUAUUAUUUAUACCCCGCCCAUCUGGUUGAGUUUCCCCAGCCACUCUGGGCGGCUCCCAAUCGAGUGUUAAAACAGCAUUAAAUAUUAAAAGCUUCCCUAAACAGGGCUGCCUUCAGAUGUCUUUUAAAGAUAAAAUAGCUGCUUAUUUCCUUCACAUCUGCUGCGAAGGUGGGAAGGGAUCGAACCCACCCCAGUGCAGAUUCUGGGCCCUCCUGCUGAGCCGAAGCACUCCUUCCCUGCCUGGAUAGCUCAGCUGGUUAGAGUGUGGUGUUGAGAAUGCCAAGGUUGCAGGUUUGAAUCCCCAUAUAGGACGGCUGCAUAUUCCUGCAUUGCAAGGAGGUUUGCCUAGAUCAUGGGUAGGCAAACUAAGGCCUGGGGGCCGGAUCAGGCCCAAUUGCCUUCUCAGUCCGGCCCACAGACGGUCCAGGAAUCGGCAUGUUUUACAUGAGUGGAGUGUGUCCUUUUAUUUAAAAUGAAUCUCUGGGUUAUUUGCGGGGCCUGCCUGGCGUUUUUACAUGAGUUGAAUGUGUUCUCUUAUUUAAAAUGCCUCUCUGGGUUAUUUGUGGGGCAUAGGAAUUCGUUCAUUUCCCCCCCCCCCCCAAAAAAAUAUAUAGUUCCCUUCCAUCUCCUACAAUUCUGUGAUCUAUGAUCCUUCUUUCUCAACUUCUCCUGCUCUCAGGUGGCUGUGACAGAAAAGCUCCACCGGCUUCUCCUCGAUCUCCAGAGAGGCAGCCAGUGACCCGCAAAGCCUUUUCCCGUGCCCAGGAGUGGGGGGCGGUGGCAGCACCCCCUCUGUGCCGUGCCUUGGAUCCUGCUCCCAGCCACCACCACUGCCUCAUCACCUACGGAGGCAGCACCUUUCCUGUGCCUUAAGAACUGAAAUUGCCCCUUUGCACUCAAAGGAUCUGUCUAGGAAUGUAUUGCACACUGCCAGUGUGGGAAUUGGGGGGGGGGGCUGGGACCAAACCUCAUGAAUGGAGAGCUUGAGGAGCACCUGUAGGGCAGGUUUCGGCAGGUAGAAUUCAGUUCAGGGAGCUUGCAGGCUGGUUGCUAUUUUCCAGUGGAUUCAAAUCACCUGCUGGCAGAUUCGGGUUGCACAAGUUGGUUGGGAAGCCUUACACAGCAAACUCCACCCCCCCGGCAAAAAAAAGACUGGACUUUUUGCAAUAGUAGAGAUCCACGUGGGUGGUGCUGUGGGUUAAACCACAGAGCCUAGGACUUGCCGAUCAGAAGGUCGGCGGUUCGAAUCCCCGCGAUGGGGUGAGCUCCCGUUGCUCGGUCCCUGCUCCUGCCAACGUAGCAGUUCGAAAGCACAUCAAAGUGCAAGUAGAUCAAUAGGUACCGCUCCGGCGGGAAGGUAAACAGCGUUUCCGUGCGCUGCUCUGGUUCGCCAGAAGCGGCUCAGUCAUGCUGGCCACAUGACCCGGAAGCUGUACGCCGGCUCCCUCGGCCAAUAAAGCGAGAUGAGCAUCGCAACCCCAGAGUCGGCCACGACUGGACCUAACGGUCAGGGGUCCCUUUACCUUUUACUGAGAAAGUUGUGGGGCAACGCUUGCUUUGCCUCCAGGUCACCCACGAACAAAUGAGGAGGGAUGCUUAUUCAGUAGCCAACGUUGCCUCGUCUUACCUGCAAACAAAUCAGGAUGAAUUCUCCAUAAAGCAGGGUUGCCCUGGAAGCACCCAAAAGACAACAGCAUGUGCAGGUAAAGUGAUAUUUGCCUUGAAACUGGAGCAGGGAAACAAGAGGCAAAAUAGUGGUCCAGGAAAAUAGGGGCAUGGGCUUUCCAGUGAGGAUUUUCCCCACUGGGUUGGCGAACCCGAGCCCCCCUCUCAAUAUUCAGCAUUCUGGGGGGGGGGGAGGAGAACAGGUCGGAACUGCAACAAAAUGUUGCAGUUUAUCCCCCCCUGCCCCCGGUGCAGUAUCCUCCCAGGUACUACAAGCUGCAAGGGUCUCAGUUCGCUCCGCACCACCCCCCAGCUGUCAGAGCUGGAGUCAAGACGCAGGUCAGCAAGAAAGGAAGCAAAUCUGAUGCCAGUGAAAUUAACUCUUUAUUCAAUGGAAGGAGAUGCAACUCUGCCUAGUGGUCUCAGCAAACCUUCCCAGGUGGCCCUGCCCCCUGGAGCAGUUGUCCCUGUCUUCCAUCUUCCACCCUCUCUAAGCCUCCUCCCUCUCCCAGAUGUUUCCCAAGCAGCCUCAAACUUUGUUUCUGCACCUCUGGUCUCUGUUCUGCCCUCCGCAUUGUUCUGUGCCUUCUUGGAGACCAGGGGGGAAAGGGAGGGAGACUCCCUGGAUUUUUCUGCCAUCUCUUGACCCCCCUACUCUGCUUCAGCCUUGGAGUCUGAACUGCUCUCUGUCACAGGCUCUCCUGGUUCACUAAACCCAGUCGCCCCCCGGCAUUCAUCAUCUCUGGCCUCUCCUGUGUCUCGCCACCAAUGCCCUGGCUCUCAGCCUUCCUCCUCUAGGGUUUCCCUUGGGGGGGGGGGUUUCCCCAACAGGUUCUUCCCACCACUCCUCUGCCUCCAGCCAGUCCCUGACACCUGAAUUGAAUUUUAUUAUUAUGGUCAUAGACCAGUUCCGGCUCACUUACAAUAUCAGGAAAAUCAUAAAACACAAGAGGAAUACAUUGAAUUGCAGUUGGGUAAACCAGAAACCAUACAGAUAUAGCGGCAGUUAAAAAUAUAUAUUAAAUCUUGAUCACUAAAAUAUAACCUAAAAUUGUCAUUUAAAACCUUAAUCAUUUUGGUAGUACAGCUUGUUCCCUAAGUUUUACGGCAGUCGCACAGAAUUUGGCCACCCUGAGCGUGAUCUCUAGAUCCUUGUCUUCUACCAGGAGUUUUAGACUUUGAAGUUUGGACCCGUUUGGAGAUUUUUGUAUAACGGGAGUGAUAAAUACCGAGCGUAUACGCCCGUAGAAACGGCAGCGUAACAAGACAUGAGAGACAGUUUCUACCUCCAUCAAGCCGCAGGGGCAAACUCGUUCCACGUACGGUUUACCCUCGAAUCUGCCCUGCAAUCUGUCCCUGACAUCCGUUUUCCUUUUCCAAUGGACAUUUGACAUUCUGUGGCACCUGCUGAACAUGCUCGGUCCUUAUCGGGCUGGGUUUAUGUGUUUGUGCCCCCUUGCCCACCAACGUACUACUGCAAAUCUUGCAUUAAGAUACACCCUUCUUGUUCCUCGCGGGUCCUGUUUUGGCUCCAUUGCCGCCGCCGCCACCAACCACGCGAGUUUGGUGACAGGUCGGCUGCGAUUCUAAACAGGAGCAUCCAAACAGGACUAACCUGUUGUGGCAUAGACAGAUUUAACAGUGCCUUGAAUGUUCGCAAUCCUGGCUUUUAUACCUGUAUGAAACCAUACCGGACCGCAUGUACGCUCCUCUUAAUUUUAGCGUGUGGCUUAACAAUCAAACUGCACCAUAGUCUUUAGGGGAAACGGCACCGCUUUCAAAUAAAUGCAUAUAAAUUUCUGUACGCAAGAGAAAUAAAUUGUGCGAUCCUUAUUCUA